UCGAAGAACCCAGGGCUUGGGUUCGAGGAACCCGCGCCUGGGUUCCAUCGAACCCAGGCGUGAUGGGUUCGAAGGAACCCAGGCGUGCGUGCUCUGUACUCUCUUAUCUCUCUCUCUGCCUCUGAUCGAUAUCUGUUGUUAAACAAUGAGAGAGAUCCUUCACAUUCAGGGUGGACAAUGUGGGAACCAGAUCGGUGCUAAGUUCUGGGAAGUGCGUGUGAAUGUCUAUUACAAUGAGGCUUGGUGUAGGCGAUUUGUCCCGCAUGUUGUGCUCAUGGAUCUAGAACCAGGUAUUAUGGACAGUGUCAGGAUUGGUCCCUACGGUCAGAUCUUCAGGCUUGAUAACAUUGUGUUUGGUCAAUCUAGCGCUGGUAACAACUGGGCUAAGGGCCAUUACACUGAGGGAGCUAAGCUCAUUGACGCUGUUCUUGAUGUUGUGAGAAAAGAGGUAGAGAACUGUGAUUUGUCCCAGGCGUUGUUGCUGGGUUCUUUCGAACCCAAAGAGUCAACGCUCGAGAAGACCUCGACACGACCAAUCCCAGACGCUGCACCUCCGUGUCUUAACCACUGCCUUCCGUGCCGUGUGAAUCAAAUCCUUUCUCUCCCAGAUAAAAGGGUCGCCUAUCCGGAGAACAACCAUCAUUUCAUCACCGACCAAUACUUUCUCCGGCGACAAAAACCUUCUUCAGAUUUUACUUCUGCAUUUCGAUUGAUUGCUCUCUGCAGCGAAAUCGAUUCGCUUAUGGCUCAAGCAGACAUGAACAUGCAACAGGAAAUGAGGAAACUUGAAAUUUUGGAUCGUCUUCUGGAUUUUGAUUUAUCGUAAUUCAGAACAAAUCAGUGAUGAAUUUGUGUGUGUGUGUGUGUGUUUUUUUAAUAGAAGUUUAGAUUUCGAAUUGUUUCCUUAGUAAAUUUUUUAGAAUGAAAGUAGCUUCUUUUCUAUUUUUGUAAAUUAAUUAUCAAACUCUUGUCAAAUUGCAGGAAUUGAAUGUGUAUCUUGAAUAUCUUUUUAACCUUAUUGUUGCUCGGGCUUCCGAUAUUGGUUUGGAGGUUCAGUUAAAUCGAUAUGAUCUAUUUCAUGGUCACCUUUUUAUCACAGAAACCAGGAGGCUUGGUAUAUUGUGAGUUCAUAUAUUUCACCUUUAUCCCCUAAAAUGGCUUAGGCAGUGUGAAAAUAAUGUGUAGAUGAGAUGUUAUUCCUUUGAAAAACUGCUUUUGGGUGGCUUUUAAUAAGGGUCAGAUUGGAACUCUUUGAGUUUACAAGAUGUGAGAUCAAUAGGCU